UGAGUCAGUAUUUGGAAACACUUUCGCAUCGUAAAUAUUAAAUUGAACGAGAAAACUAAUUAUAAUAGAAUUGUGCUACAAUAAUGGCUAAUGAAAUGGCGUACAAAAUGAAGGCCAUCAAAUGCCCCACAGACGAACUGUCUCUGACGAACAAGGCUAUCGUCAAUAUUGCCGAUUUCACCGAGGAAGUAAAAUAUGUUGACAUCUCGCCGGGACCUGGACAGCAUUAUAUAUUUGCGCUGGAGAAGAUCGCCGAUCUGCCACGUGGACAUGUUGGCUUCUCUCUGGUGCAGCGCAAAUGGGCAUCCCUCUCCAUCAAUCAGGAGAUUGAUGUGCGCCCCUACCGAUUCGAUGCCAGCUCUGACAUCGUUGUAUCGGUCUCCUUCGAAACGGACUUUCUGCAAAAGAAGACCAUCACCCAGGAGCCCUACGACUCGGAUGAAAUGGCCAAGGAAUUCAUUAUGCAGUUUGCGGGCAUGGCACUGACGGUGGGUCAAACACUGGUCUUUCACUUCAAAGACAAGAAAUUACUCGGUCUAGCAGUCAAGACGCUGGAGGCUGUAGAUCCCAGAACCAUAGGCGAUGGCAAGGAGGCGAAAACGCGGAACGUAAGAUUUGGCCGGGUGCUAGGCAACACGGUGGUGCAAUUCGAGAAGGCCGAGAAUUCGGUGCUAAAUCUGCAGGGCAGGUCGAAGGGAAAAAUUACACGGAGCCCCAUCAUAAAUCCCGACUGGGACUUUGGCAAAAUGGGAAUUGGUGGCCUGGACAAGGAGUUCAAUGCCAUCUUCCGACGUGCUUUUGCCUCGCGAGUCUUCCCACCCGAGCUGGUUGAACAGUUGGGCAUUAAGCAUGUGAAAGGCAUAUUGCUCUAUGGACCGCCAGGAACGGGCAAAACUUUGAUGGCUCGACAGAUUGGCACCAUGUUAAAUGCACGUGAGCCCAAGAUUGUGAAUGGGCCACAGAUUCUGGACAAAUAUGUGGGUGAGUCGGAAGCCAACAUUCGACGCCUGUUUGCCGACGCCGAGGAGGAGGAGAAGCGCCUAGGACCGAACAGUGGGCUACACAUAAUCAUCUUCGAUGAAAUCGAUGCCAUCUGCAAGGCACGUGGCUCGGUGGCCGGUAACAGUGGCGUACAUGAUACCGUGGUCAAUCAGCUGCUGGCUAAGAUUGACGGCGUGGAGCAGCUGAACAAUAUAUUGGUCAUUGGCAUGACCAAUCGCCGGGAUAUGAUUGAUGAGGCGCUACUUCGACCCGGCCGCCUGGAGGUGCAAAUGGAAAUCAGCCUGCCCAACGAAGAGGGACGCGUUCAGAUCCUCAACAUACACACGAAGCGAAUGCGUGAGUUCAAUAAGAUUGCCAGCGAUGUGGAUAAUAAGGAGAUUGCCGCAUGCACAAAGAACUUCAGCGGCGCUGAGCUCGAGGGUCUGGUGCGUGCUGCCCAGUCCACGGCCAUGAAUCGCCUGAUCAAAGCCGACGCCAAGGUGCACGUAGACCCCGAGGCCAUGGAGAAGCUAAAAGUAACGCGCUCCGACUUUAUGCACGCCUUGGAGAAUGACAUCAAGCCCGCAUUCGGUGCAGCUCAGGAGAUGAUUGAGAACAUGCUCGCCCGCGGCGUCAUCAACUGGGGCCCGCCGGUGACCAGUGUGCUGGAGGAUGGCAUGCUGUAUGUGCAGCAGGCGAAGGCAACGGAAAGCUCCGGUUUGGUAUCCGUGCUCAUCGAGGGCGCGCCCAACUCGGGCAAAUCGGCGCUGGCCGCCAAACUGGCAAAGAUGAGCGACUUUCCAUUUGUCAAGGUGUGCUCGCCUGAGGAUAUGGUGGGCUUCACCGAGUCCGCCAAGUGCUUGCACAUACGCAAGAUAUUCGAUGAUGCCUACCGCUCCACGCUCAGCUGCAUUGUGGUGGACAAUGUGGAACGCUUGCUCGACUACGGACCCAUCGGGCCGCGCUACUCCAACCUAACACUGCAGGCCUUGCUGGUGCUGCUCAAGAAACAGCCGCCAAAGGGUCGCAAGCUGCUCAUCUUGUGCACCUCGAGCAGGCGUCAGGUGCUUGAGGAGAUGGAAAUGCUAUCCGCAUUCACCUCAGUUCUGCACGUCCCCAAUAUAUCCAAUCCCGACCAUGUGCUAACAGUGCUGGAGGACUCCGAUCUAUUCAGUGCCGAGGAGCUGCAAGUGAUUGCCCGCAAAUUAAACGGUGCACGCGUAUGGAUUGGCAUUAAGAAGCUAUUGGCACUAAUCGAUAUGGUGCGGCAAUCGGAGCCGCAGUACCGAGUAACGAAGUUCCUUACCAAAAUGGAGGAGGAGGGCGGAUUGGAGAUGCUGGCCAGGCCGCAGUAGCUACCGCCCUUGGGGGAACUGAGAAUGUCAGUUGUGGAGCUCAACGAUGCUUUCUGAAGCGUGUCCAAGAAUAAACUGCACCAACGAAUUAGCUCGAAUAGAGAUUUGUAAUACAUUUUAUAAACACGAAAGACCACUUAUCAAAGAGCUAGAACAAGUACAGAAACCCGACCAAUAACAACACAACAAUACAACAGUAAAUAAGACAAAAGAAAGUUUAUAAACAUUCCGCACAAAUCCCAACGACUAGUCCACUUGAGCCUUGUCGCAUCCUUGUCAAACCCUUGGCAUAGUCGUGACUAUUAGAUAGUU